AUGGAUCAUUCGAGAGAUCCCUGCCCUUGGGUUGCGUUGAGUGAUUUCGGCGGUGCCUUUAGUAUGGGAGCCAUCGGUGGUGCAGUCUGGCACGGCGUGAAAGGUUUUCGAAACAGCCCUUACGGCGAACGGCGGAUAGGUGCCAUCACGGCAAUCAAGGCUCGAGCCCCCGUUGUUGGUGGAAACUUCGGUGUAUGGGGUGGCCUGUUCUCGACAUUUGACUGUGCAGUUAAGGGGAUAAGGAAGAAGGAGGAUCCGUAUAAUGCCAUUAUCGCGGGCUUUUUAACAGGAGGCGCGCUUGCCAUUCGCGGUGGUAUGAGAGCCGCCAGAAACUCCGCCAUCAUGUGCGGCUGUUUCUUGGCUGUGAUUGAAGGCGUCGGAAUUGGGUUCCAAAGAAUGUUCGCGGAAAAUACAAGAUUAGAUGUACGAUAA